AUGUCUAAGGAUCCGUCACAUCCGCCGUACGGAUUCGCAAUACGCAGAAAGAAAACCUGUCUCGGAGGAGAAGGCCUUACCAAAGCAUCGUAUGGUUUCGUCCGAUGCUGCCCCGGUAACUCGGUUUGGAGCAACCAAAACACAGGCAUGUGUUGUCCGAGUGAAAAAAACUGUAAAACCGAAAUCAGUAACCCAGCACAUUGCGCUGAUGAUUCCUGGGAUCUUUACCAAAACGAUGAUGACGGACUUUUCUGUUGUGAUCAGGGUCUAGGCGGGUUCAAUUUGAAUGGUUCGGUUGGGUGUGCGGUGAAAGAUGAUCCUACAUAUUCCGGUGAGGUGGUGUGGCUCCCUCUAGUUUCACAUGCCCCAAACGCAACAUCCAGCAGCUCCUCAAUACCAAGCACCUCCACAACAUUGAGCAGCUCCAUAACCUCGGACGGUUCCCCAACAUCAGGUAGCUCCGCAACAUCAAGUAGCUCCGCAACAUCGAGCGGUUCCACGACAUCGAGCGGUUCCACAACAUCGAGCGGUUCCACAACAUCGAGCAGCUCUGCGGCAUUGAACAGCUCCGCAACAUCAAGCAGCUCCCCGACGUCCAGUAGCUCUUCUAGCUCAAAUACUGGCGCUAUCGCAGGUGGUGUGGUUGGUGGUAUUGCUGGGUUAGCAAUCAUUCUGGCCUUGCUUUGGUAUUUCAUGCGUCGUCGCCGACAGAAGCAACCACAUCAAUAUCCCACACCUGUCACCGAAGCAUCGAUGAGUCAAUACCAAGCUGUCCAGACCUCGCAAAACCCGAGCGAGUUAGGCAGCCCUUCGACCAGGACAAGCGAGUUGGACGGUCAACAUUAUGUGUCAGAGCUACCUGGCUACAAAGAUAAUUCUACUCCUAUCCCCGAGUUGCCGGAAAAUUCAAGGAGUUGA